CACACCUGUAAACAUUGAGCGCACCUCUGGCUCCCCCGCGUGGGGCUGGUCAGUAAUUGCACCCUGGUCCGUCGCAGCAAUAUCACGCAUGUAUGAUACAUCAUCAAAGCCGGACGCACUAACCACAAGAAACCAACAGCAAUAAUGCUCUUCUACUCGUUUUUCAAGUCGCUGGUGGGGAAGGAUGUGGUGGUGGAGCUCAAAAACGACUUGAGCAUCUGUGGGACACUUCAUUCUGUUGACCAGUACCUGAACAUUAAGCUCACAGACAUCAGUGUCACUGACCCGGAGAAAUAUCCCCACAUGCUCUCUGUGAAGAACUGUUUCAUCCGUGGAUCCGUGGUCCGGUACGUUCAGCUACCUGCAGAUGAAGUUGACACUCAGCUCCUGCAAGACGCUGCGCGAAAAGAGGCAAUGCAGCAGAAGCAGUGAUCGGCCUGCAGGAUGGGGUUUUGGACUGGGGCGGGUGGUGGGGUGGGAGCUUUAUGGUGAACAAUGAGUAGUUUAAGUUUUGAGUAAAGUUCAUUUAAAGGUGAUACAGUUUGGGCAGCUCUUGUGAUUAUGCAGAGAAUUGAAUUGCAUUCCUUACAUUAGUGAUCAGUAAGAUGCAAAACGAUAAUUAUUGGAAAUGGUCUUCACCUCACGGCCGGAUAGGAGGCUGCAUUUGAUACUGUCUUUUGUUUAAAAGAAAGGAAACUGAAUCCAGUUUUGAGACAAAGAUCUGUUGUAGUGUUUCUGUUGUUAAUACAAGCACUGUUGCUUAUCUUUUAAAAUAAAUAUUACUUUUGGAUUUUUUUUUUAUGCCACUUCAAAAUAAAACAAAAAAUAUUUUAUUUA